CAAACUACCAAUUCCCAAAGUUGAUGCUUACUUUUAAACUUUCCUUGCGUAUCUAGUUGCCCUUUUAGUUUGUUGUGCAUAGCAGACUUAUGGCUAUCGUUGCGCCGCGUGACCAUAUGACGAGGCUGGCGUGACAGUUGUGCACGUCGACAUGUUGAGCAUUGUGAUCGUCGUGAUUAUAUUUAGAACACGACGUAUUGUGGUUAAAAAAACAUCAACCCACGCUACAAGUAUUAAGAAAAAGCUAACCUCAGCUAAAAGCGUUGGUAAUUCAAGCGAGACUCACAUCGAGGACGUCUAUGUAUGCUUCGCUUGGUACAUUGGAGACUGUUCAUAACACUCGGGUAGCGAAAUCAACGCGAAUUGAUUUUACUGUUCUAUAUUUUUGUCAUGGAUGGAACGUCGGGGUCGGACCCGGCGGAAAAUCAGCCAAGAAAUAAAUCCCCUGUUAAACCUGACGAUGGGAAAAAUCUCAGCGAUAUUAAGGUGAAGGUCCUUCCCGAUCAGACGAAGGAUGCACUGGACAUGAGCGAAAAGCAAAAUGUGGCAGCUGCAGGAGACGAUCACAAUACAGCUGAAGACAACGACGAAAGUGGUGAUAAAGAUGAGAAGGAAGGCAAGAAAAAGGAAGAAGAGAAGCCUCCGGCUGUCCCUUUACUGAAACUGUUUCGUUUCAGUGAUAAGUUUGAUGUUCUACUCAUAGUCCUGGCAACUCUAUCAUCAAUUUGUCACGGCGCAGCUUUUCCCCUCCAGUUUAUCAUCUUUGGUGGACUUAUGAAUAGCUUCAUCGAUUUUGCUAAAUUUCAAACAGCUAAUGUUACGCAGCCGUUUGACCUUGAAGGAGAGAUGACAAAGUUUGCAUUGUACUAUGUUUAUAUGGCUUGUGGAACCUUGAUCGUCGCCUAUGGGCAAAUGGGACUAUGGUCACUGACUGCUACACGCCAAGUGAGACAAAUGCGUUUGGCUUUCUUUAAAUCCGUCUUGAAACAGGACAUUGGUUGGUUUGACACAACUGAUCCAGGAGAGCUCAACAGUCGACUCUCUGAAGACCUGAACAAAGUAGAUGAGGGUAUUGGUCACAAAAUUGGCAUGUUGCUUCAAGCCAUCACAACAGUUCUGGUCGGUUUUAUUAUGGGAUUUGUAUAUGGAUGGAAGCUCACCCUCGUAAUGAUUGCUGUAAGUCCCUUAGUGGUUAUUGCAGGUGGAAUUAUUGGAAAGAUAAUGGCUACAAUGACAACCAGAGGUCUUAAUGCUUAUGCCAAAGCUGGGAGCAUAGCAGAAGAAGUUCUAUCGUCAAUAAGAACUGUUGCUGCCUUUGGGGGAGAGAAGAAAGAAAUUGCGAGAUAUUCAUCUCACCUCGGAGAAGCUCGAGACUUUGGCAUCAAGAAAGGCUACAUGUCAGGACUGGGUUUUGGUUUUUUCCAAAUUAUCACCUUUGGAAGCUAUUCUUUGGCGUUCUGGUAUGGUUCAAAGUUGAUCAUUGACGAGGAAAUGACUGCAGGACAGCUGCUCAUUGUCUUUUUUUCGGUACUGUUUGGUGCCAUGCAGUUGGGUCAAGCUGGUCCCAGCAUGGAAGCCAUAGCAACAGCAAAAGGGGCAGCCUAUCAAGUGUUUCUUAUAAUUGACCGGGUCUCUCCAAUUGACUCCAGUUCUACGGAAGGAAUAGAAAUUGAUCAAAGUUCUUUCAAAGGAAAAAUAAACUUCAGCACCAUUGAAUUCUGUUAUCCAUCAAGACCAGACAUAAAGAUUUUGAACGGUUUGAACCUGACUGUUGAGAGUGGCUUAACUGUUGCCUUGGUGGGUGAGAGUGGCUGUGGGAAGAGUACAGUUGUCAAGCUUCUACAGCGAUUUUAUGAUCCUAAUAAUGGCCAGGUAACAAUUGACGGCCAUGACAUUCGUAGUCUGAACUUGAAGUGGUUACGUAAACACAUUGGUGUUGUAAAUCAGGAGCCCGUUCUUUUUGCCACUACAAUAGCAGAGAACAUCCGGUAUGGAAAAGAUGGUGUGACACAGGAGGACAUUGAAAGAGCAACAAAGAUGUCUAAUGCUCAUGAUUUUAUCAAGAGUCUUCCAAACGGCUAUGAAACUCUUGUUGGUGAACGAGGAACUCAACUCAGUGGAGGACAGAAGCAGCGGAUUGCCAUCGCAAGAGCUCUUGUGAAAGAUCCCAGGAUACUGUUGCUGGAUGAAGCAACUUCAGCACUGGACAGUGAAAGUGAAUCAAUUGUACAAGCCGCUUUGGAAAAAGCUCGUCAGGGUCGCACCACCAUUGUGAUUGCUCAUCGCUUGUCGACAGUCCAGAAUGCUAAUGCUAUUGCAGCGGUGCAGGAUGGUGUGGUUGUUGAGAAAGGAACUCACGAUGAACUUAUGCAGACUGAUGGCGUCUAUUACCGGUUGGUCACAUCACAGACAUUUGAAGAGGAGAAAAAAGAGGAUGGAAUUGAUGAUGACGACGAUGAAGAUAAUGACGAGAUAGCAGACAUUAAAGCAAACGUUUCGUUUUCAGAGUCAUCAGCCACGGUGAACUUUGCGCGCAGUACGUCACACAUGUCUACUGACAGCGAACGUGAAGGAAAAAGAAGGAGUACCUCAGCUCUAGACAGAACCAUAUCUGAGGACAACAAAGACAAAGACGGCAAAGAGAAGAUUUUAGAGGAAGAAGUGGAGCCUGCCCCAGUAAUGCGGAUCAUUAAGAUGAACCUGAGUGAAUGGCCUUACUUGCUGAUAGGAAGCUUUGCCUCCGUCAUAAACGGACUAUUUCCAUUCGCAUUUGCCUUGGUUCUGUCAGAAGUUCUAGCGGUCUUUGCUUUGCGAGAUAAAGAGCAGGUGAAAAAGGAGUCUGAAUUCUGGGCUUUGAUGUUCCUUGUUGUUGGCGCGACAAACUUUCUCUCUCUCUUUUUCAGCACUAUGUUGUUUGCCAAGUCGGGUGAACUUUUGACGUUGCGACUAAGGAAGAUGGCGUUUGAAGCCAUACUUAGGCAGGACAUUGCAUACUUUGAUGAUCCACUUCACAGCACUGGAGCACUGACUACAGCACUUGGAACACAUGCCUCAGCUGUGCAAGGGGCUACCGGUACCCGUCUCUCGACUGUUGUGAAUUCUUUAACCACAGCUGUUGCCUGCACCGUGUACGCUUUGUACAAUGGUUGGAAGUUGUCUUUAGUCGUUAUGUCCUUUAUCCCAUUUUUGAUCUUCGCUAGUGCUAUUCAGAUAAAGCUAUUCACAGGGCUAGGGAUCUCAAACGAUGGAGAAGAUGAAGUCGUGCAGUCCGGCAAGAUUGCAGUUGAAACAAUAGAGAAUAUCCGAACUGUAGCAUCCCUGGGAAGAGAAAAUACUUUCUAUAACGCCUACGCUCAGGCUAUAAAGAAUCCAUAUAAAAAAGCCUUGAAACGAGUUCACUUACAGGGCGCUUUCUUCGGCUUAGCGGAAGCAUUCCAAUUCUGUGCUUCUGCGGCAGCAUUUCGAUAUGGAGGACAUCUUGUGGUAAACGGAGAAAUGACCAUGGAUGAAGUAAUAAAGGUGGUUUUAUCCAUCGUCGUAGGAGGUGCGGUGCUUGGUCAACUCAGUGCUAUCUCGCCAGACUACGAGAAAGCUAAGAUCGCUGCUGCUCGUCUCUUUAAAAUCUUUGACCGUAAAUCUGCAAUUGACAGUUCCUCUGAAGAUGGUUUAACACCGAGUUCUGUGACAGGGACAAUCCAGUUACGCAAUGUUCGUUUCCGCUAUCCAACACGGCCAGACGUCAAGGUUUUACGUGGAGUCACACUCACUGUCCAGAAAGGACGGAAACUUGCUCUUGUUGGUUCAAGCGGCUGUGGUAAAAGUACAGUGGUUUCUCUCUUGGAGAGAUUUUAUGAUGCCGAGGAUGGAGAAGUGGCCAUUGAUGGUAACAAUGUUAGCACUCUGAACAUACAGUGGCUCCGCUCGCAUAUUGGUAUUGUGUCACAGGAGCCUGUAUUGUUUGGCUGUAGCAUCGCUGAAAACAUCGCGUAUGGCGAUAACUCGCGUGAAGUAAGCAAGGAUGAGAUAGAAGCAGCAGCAAAAGCCGCAAAUAUACACAGCUUCAUUAAUUCUCUUCCUAUGGGUUAUGAUACUCUGGUAGGAGACAAAGGAACUCUGAUCUCAGGAGGACAGAAGCAAAGAAUAGCCAUCGCCAGAGCGUUGAUCCGCAAUCCACGAAUCCUGCUUCUAGAUGAGGCUACUUCUGCUUUGGAUACAGAGAGUGAAAAGGUUGUCCAGCAAGCUUUGGACGCCGCUAGUGAGGGACGUACAGCCAUCAUUAUCGCACAUCGAUUGUCCACGGUGCAGAACGCUGACAUCAUAGCCGUCAUUCAUCACGGGCGCGUGGCAGAGCAAGGCACACAUCAAGAGCUGUUGGCUCUUAAGGGAUUUUACUACGCUCUCGUCACGGCACAAAUGCAGGUCCCAAACAACUAACUGUCAUAAAGUUGUUGCACGUUAUAACCAAGUUAUAACGCGAGGCAUAAAUGGUGAGUUGGCGUUCAGUUCUAUGCCACAGUGAACUGAAGCCCAGUUGUGGAUUCCGUGGACCAGAUAUCUCUUUUGUCAUGUACUGAUUCAAGAUAACACUUACACAGAACUCUCCUACACACGAUGUAAGCACUGAAAGUUGUACGAAAAUACGCCUGACUGAAAAAAAGUAAUGAAGGUCGUAUGAAUUGUUUGUGUUUUUAUCAUUUGUAAUCAUUUUUACAGUAGAUUGUUUUUUUUAGGCCUCAUCGAUAUGAGACUGGCAUAAAGGCAAAUUCUUUUGUAGACAUGUUGGUAGCAACACAUAUCAUGAUUUAUGUUAAAUAUCAAGUAUUAGCAGAUCAUCUCAUCUGCCAUUGCAUUUGUUUUGAGAUGUUGACGUUACUUUCGUAAUUGUAAGUGUUUGUAAAACACGUUAAUCGUAUCUAUAACAAAAUUCUUGAUGGUCAUUGGUUCUUCGCACACCAAUUUGUGACGUGAUCGGCGUCCCACUAAUUGGCUGUCUAAGUAUGUUUUUGAAGUGACUUAAGCGAUAUCCCCCUGAACUGCACUCCACUCGGUCCAUUUACUAUCACUAAUAUUACCCUAUUUUAUGAUAUCUCGGUUACCGCGUGCGCUGCGAGCGCUAUGGUGGGUUAAUUUAACGGGUCUUAUCCUUGAGUAUGGACCGCUCAAAUUCGCAGCAGCUUUUAUACCCAUGUCUUGUUUAUGGUUAUUGAACACUAAAACGUUUCUUUCACCAAUAAUUUUGACGACAUGUAUUUAAACGUGCUAACAGCACACGGACUUCGAACUCGAUUAGUAACAGGUACUUAUUUUGUUAUUUUAUUUUAUUUAUCACCAAUAAUUUUGACAAAUCUGAAGAGGAAAUCUUCGGAUAAUUGUUUUGCUUUGGACCUACAAGUCUAAUUUCAGUUGAACUCUUUAUAUCCAUCUUGUUUAAGUUAUGCUUUUAUUGUAGAUACUUGUUCAAGUACCGUAUUUGUACCUUUUAUCAAUAAUUCUACUUCAUAUUGAAUCUGAAUAUAGUGGUCAUACUCUUAAAUCAAAGCUAGUUUCCAGGCAUGCCACUCAAACACAGCAAACAUCUGAAACGCAAGUCUCAAAUAAACACAACAUGUUUAGAAUCCCAGCGAGCAGCAGGAGGUAAACCUGUUGGCCAUUUAGAAAGCGUUACCUCGGAAUUUACUAUGGGGCCACCGAAAAUAAAUCUAACUUCUGAAAGAGUUGAGCGCUUACGUUACCGUACAUUGUUUUUAUGGCAUUAUUUUGUUGUUAGAGUGGCAUACUGGAAUAUGGAAAUCGCCGUAACAAUAUGAUUAAUUGGCAUGAAAGUCUUUGUAGGUAGCGCUCUAUGACAACCAGGAGUUGGCGACGGCCUAGCAUUUGGUGUGAGAUGUUGACCAACAGUUUACUUUCGUAAGAAGACUUGUAUGCAUUAUCCCGAUACGUUUUGUUAAAACAGCGGCAAUAUUGGACAAGUAUGAAAUGUAUGGAAAGCUUCGGUGAAAUGUUUGCUUCAUUUCGGUUUUAACCAGCAUGUUCAGUUAUUUCUAUUUUUAAAAACUCCUUCAUAUUUGUGUAGCGUAUGUAUAAUCCAAACAAAAUGUUUUUUUAAAAUAUGUUAUCUUCGUUUUAUUUACAGAUAGUUGUUUGAAGGCUUUGAAGGUUUAAGACUUGUGAAAUGAAAUAAUUUAUUCCCCGUAGUUCUAAUAUUCGGUUGACAGCCAUUAGCUAUCAUUUUUCUCUCUUCCCAGUCAGAUAAAGAAAUUCACAGUUUAUGUUUACCCCUGGUCUAGUCGGUCUAGAAUAUAGGUACUCGAUUCGGGUUUGUCGACUAAAUCACGCACAAGGCCGUUUUAAUGCGGCAGUCUCAUAGAAUUCAAAAAAUUGUGACCAGUUUUGAUUUCAACCAUGUCAUUUCUACUGAAGGGAAAGUUAUUUCAUUUCAUGCGUAUAGUAGAGUGUAUUAACCAAUUGAUAGCCAGUAUGUAUUAGCAUUGGACAAUUAACCUUUUCAAAUCAGGUCAUUACAAGAGAUCACACGAAAUAGUAUGUACCGGACGAGCCAUUGUUACUUCAUCCCUCAGCGAAGAUCUUGCUUGUAGUAUUAAAGGAGCAAAGUCACGGUUGGCGAAUCUUGAAAA